CCAACAUCAACCCAUCAGGCCAUUUCUGUAAACUCAGAAGGUUGUCCAGGAGUCAGCAGUACCUUAGGGGUGGAUCGUUUCUUUACAAAAAUAGGCAUAAAGUUGAGUAGACAAGUAACAACACUGCCCUGCUCACUUUUCUUUGAAACUGAUAAACAUUCCUUCCCCCUCCCCCAAAUUGCCACAUCCCAACCCACCAUAAUUUCGUGUCAUUACACCUGACUGACAAGGACAGACACUUCACUCAUUGGAGUGGAUGGAGGGAUCAUUUCUUUGUUCUUUUUUUGCUUGCCUAGUAUCCCCCUCUCCCCACUAUGCCCAAUUUCUCUCCCUCCCUCCCCUUUGUUUCUUUGGAUCAAGUUCUCCCUGUGGUGCCUGAAGGUUCAGGAAGACCCCUUCCCACUGGAGUCUGGUGAGGAUAGGCCUGAAUCAGAACUCUGGCAGCUUCCUCAGCUCUUGUCCUUGACUGUGCUGUCAUCAGAGCAGAAAUUGUCCCCCUGGUGCUGCCCUUUUCCUUUUUCCUCCAGUCAGCCAAGUCUUCCCUCAUCCCUCUGGAUCUCUCCUCUUUACCAUAUCUAAGGACAUUUCAGUGAGCAUUUAGUCAGGGUCUCCUCUGUGCUAGGCUCUGUUCAGUACAUUGGAGGAUAAAGAGGAAAGGGUAUGCAAUGUAGGUACUCUGAGUGGGAAGGCUGAAACUCUUAGAGAACAGGAAAAUCAUUUUGUUGAGCAGGUGAGAUUUUUUCUGAGCCUGGAAUGCCAGAGACCAAGGUGAGAGAAGAGAAUUUUAGAUGGAGAGAUUUGGUCAAUACCAGCCAGGGGCCAGUGUGCCUGGGUAAGAGGGAGAGGAUAGGAGGAAGGUGUAAGACUGGAGAGGGUGUAGGUGUACCUACUAUGUGCCAGGCACCUGUGCAUUUUCUCUCAUUUGAUCCAGUCCUAAGAAUUGUCAUGGCCCCAAGAAGGCAGCAUGGGUGUUAGCCAGGCAGGCGGGCUGCCAUUUUUGUAUCCACUCCAAGGGCACCAUAGACUAAGAGUAGGGGAUUGUUAUAUGUAAACCUUAAAAUUUCUCACAUAUAGUAAAAUUAGGACUCUGGUCCUUAUCAUUUAAUAAAGUUUAUUAGAAUUACUUGGCUAGGUAACAAACAAGAAAUAGUUAUAAAGAGUAAAAUAGCCCGAUCCGGCUCCCAUGUGGGUGCUGUAAAGGUUAAAAUUGUUGUUGAGACUGAAUGUAAUAAUUAUAUUUGGUCGCUAAGGAUUUCAUUUAUAAAAUCCUAAUGAAACAACCAAACUCAAAUUUUUAUGGUGAUUUAAUUGAUAUAGUGGAGGAGAUUAAGAAGAAGGAAAAAGGAAGGAGCUAGUAUUGGGCAGGGAGAUUAGAAGAUCUAGAAAGUAAGGGUUUGAGUGGGAAGGAGGAAAGAAUCAGCCUGACCUCCAAAGGGGCUCAGCUAAGAUGCCUGAACCUGAAUCAACUCAAGGGCAAAACUCACUAUCAACACUCCAAGAUGUCGAAAUGCCUAGCACACUCUCAGCCAGAGUUGCCUCUCCACGGAAAGAGGAAGAUAGAGGAAGUGACAUGCCUUAGAUAGACAGUUUUUCAUUACUUUCCUGCGUCUUAUUUGUACCAAUGAUGGCUUAGCUUGACUUAGGACAGCCCAGGGGUCUGUCUGCUUUUUCUGCACAUGUCUGUUGAAGACCAUGUCCUCAGAUAAUUAAAUCUUUGAGUUUGGUACAGACCUUUUUAAUCUUGUUAAACUAAGGAGGGUGAGAAAUGUAGAGUUUCCAAGACCUGAUUCUGUUAUUCCAAGUAUCUCCAUUAUUACUGAUCAGGAAAUAGCUAAAUCAGAUCUUGUAAAGUACAGUCUGAUUAGGGUGGAAUAGUUUUAAAAUUCACAGUGCUUUGAGGGUGAUCUCCAGCAGCAGCUUCCUUGGCCAGACACCAGAGGCCGAGGGCAAACACGUCCUUCUUCACCCCUCUUGUCCUCUCUUUUUACAUCCCCUUUCAAAUUCAGUCCUGUCCAGGUCAGCAGGACAACAUCCUGUGAGCUUGGCUCUAGGAGAGGGGGUAAAUUCCCUUCACAGGAUGUGCAGCAGCCACUUCGUUUCUGUAAUCGCACUGUGUGCACAUCACCGUGGGUUUUUCUCUCCUCCUCAAGUACCUCAACCAGGGACAGUCAAAGCAAUUUUGGUUAUGACUAAAUAGGGCCUUAAGCUACAAGAGGUACAAAAUCUCCCCCUGCCCUUUUUCUCUGAAAAUUAGGACCUUCAUGUUUCAAAGCUCAUUUCCAUUUGUAACAGACUCCCCAAAAUAGUGUUCUCUUUGUGACUCCAUGUGAGGUUUUUAUUUGCAAGGAUGUCAGAAUGGAUGGCCCUUUCUUUCUUUCUCUGGUUGAUUUUACAGAAGAAGAACUUAGGCCAGAAAGAUUAAGUGACUUUCCUAGGGUCAUUCAGCUAAAUAAGUCAGUGUGUGAGGGAACUCAGGAAGUGUAAAAGAAAGAACUGGCACUUCUAGGACUGACUGAUCCCCACAAUCCUUAGAAAGGCAGAGUAGAAAAGAGUAAAGAUAUUUAAACAAGUUAUUUGUGGAGUUGUAGUGAUGACUGUCAUUGCUUGUUUCUGGGUCUACAACAUACUGUACAGCAGAAAGACCCACAUGGUUGUUGACUCUAUUGACUACAUAGGCAAUGCGACCAUGUUUAUAUUACAGUUGCCUUUUCAAACAGACCCAAUACUCUGGCAGGUCCUGGCCCAAGUGUAUGUGUUCUUAAUGGCAGCCCUUCAGACUCUGACCCAAGUAAAGAAGAUAUUUAGAUUUGUGAUUCCCCUAAAGACAGAAAAGACACUGGCUAUUGAUAACAACCUGGAAAGCAUGAUUAAGACCUUGUUUGAGGAAUUGAUUAAGGAAAAAGGGCUAGAUCAGGUUAUGAGCAAGGACAAUGGAUAGGCAGACAGUGCAUCUGAAGAAAAGACAGCUAAAGUCAAUGAUAAGGGAAAUGAAGGUGACAAGAACACUGUGUCUGCUAGUGAACUAGAAAAAAUCUGUCCAUUAAAAGAGGUCACCCAGCUAUCCACUACUGUUGUUGUGCUACAGUCCAAAGUCCAUAGACAAUUCACCUCAUAGGAACUUGAAUCUCUAAAAAGACAUUUCCCCAAAUACAUAGAACAAUUAUUCAGAUCUCAAAAGGAACUGAAACGUGAUUUUAGGAUUUUUGAUCCUGAUUUUAAGGAUGUAGAGUUCCUGCUAUCCGAACUGUCCAGCCCCCAUGAACAAAGACAAUUCCUAGAAAAGACAACAUCUGAUAAUCUGAUAGUAGCCUUGCUAGUUGGCCCACUGUGGAGCAAAGGGAAGAUCUGGACUUUGCAAAGCCUACCAGCAUAUCCUACCUGAGGAAAUGCAGGGAAGAUUUACUACAGGUGAUAAAACAAUGCUGCUCAAAACCAGUUGCUUGGGCUAGGCUUGAUAAAAUUGUAUAGAACAAAGGGGAACAUCCUGCCACAUAUAUUGACUGUUUAACAGAGAUGGCAGAAUCAAUCUUAGGUCUAGAAACAAAUAGUGAAGAAUCUUCAAGCCAUGUCUGUAGGCAAUUUUUGAGGGGUUGCACACCUAAUUUAAAACAUUUCUUCAAGCACUAUUUCCCUAAGUAUGACUCGGUUAGCCUGAUAGAAUUGCAUGACACACCAAGUUACGUGUUUGAUAAUCAGUCAGAACAAAACAAACAAGUCCAAGAUCUAAAAGACAAAUUAGAAAUGACAGAGAAAAAUCUGAAAGAAAAGGAGAUGGAAGAGAUCAAGGGACUCAACACGAUUAAGACUUUCACAAAAUCUAGUUACACAAGACCUAGUUACAAAGCAAAGCCAGUGCAGAAUGAGACUAGGGAAUGUUUCUUUUGCCACAAGAAAGGCCACUUGAUUAAAAAUUGUUUUUGAAAGAAGAAAUAUGAAGUCAAUAACAGCAAGAACACACAAAAUUCACAAACUAAGUACAAAAAGUCCACUUGUUGUUCUCAUUUCAUGUUAAAAUCCUCAAAGCAAGCAAAUGAUUUGCAUGAGAUGCAAAAAGCCAUAAACUCUGUAGCCAAAGCUAAGUACUCAGAUAUGGUUGGGAAAGAAUUAUGAAGCCAGGCCUGUAAGAUAUGUAGUGUGACAAAUGGAGAUAGAAGAGAUGGGGGGAAAGAGGCUGCUAGAAAUAGUAGACAAAAGAAGAGAAAAAAUGAAAAUUCAGUGUAAGAAAGUGCUUUUGUGAGUGAUAGCCAUUGCAGUAAAUCAAGAAAAAGGCAGAGAGAGAUUAAAGAAAUUGAUGUUGAAAUAAAGGAAAUAACAUCUCAAAUAGUAACUGAGAUAAGAGACUUUGCAAAGAGCUGCACAGUAACCACACAGGAAAAAAGUUUAAAUGAAAUAAAAUCUUUAUUAGAAAACUUUUUCCUGUGUAGAGUGCACAAUGGGAUUGAAUUGUGCAAAAGAGAAAGAAAGAAAAAGCCACAAGAACUCAAGCAGAAGUUUGUGACAGCUACAGAGACAUAUGAUUUCAGUUUCGUAAAGGCUAUUGUUGCUAAAGAAUAAAAUACUUUCAAAUCAUUCACAAAAUUGCAGGAAAUCCCACCAAAUUUGAUUGAUUCGUACAAUAGAUUUAUGGCACAUGUACCCUUAGAAAAGAUAUCUAAUGUGAAUCCAGAAGCUGACACCUUCCAUCCUGCAGUGAGUGAUUUAGAUAAGACAAUUAAGUGAAAAUGGAGCUGAAAUUACUUUUGAAAACAAAAACCCUAUUCAAAGUAAUGGAGGUGACAUAAUCUUUAAAUUUGAAAGGGGGAUGGAAUGGUAGUCUUAGUAACUGCCAGGGAUUCAAAAGGCAUUCUUGAAGCCGACAUUCUAAGUGGCAGAGGGGAAUCUGGCCUAAGCAACAGCUAUGAUUUAGAUUCAUGUUCCAAUGUAGUAGAGAAUACAACCUCAAAUGUAGAUUUCAUAAGAAAUGAAUUAAAUCUAAAAGAAUUAACUGAUCAAAAAAUACAACUGGUAGUGGGUAGCAAAGGAAUGAACAAUGACUCAGUGGCUAUUAUAAACCCCUUAGCUACUAUUGGGGACAGAAUGAAGGCAUACAUCCUACUGAUGAUGCAGGGGGAAAUGCAGAUGUACUAAACUUAUUCCCAGAACAAAAUAAUAACAUAGGGGGAAAGAUUCAUAUCUCUACACAGUCAAUACAGAGUGAAGAUGAACAUAAACCUCAGACUGGUGAUAGCAUAAUUUCUAUGAAUAUUACUAACAGUAUAGAAAACCUGCAAGAAGAAGCUAACCCCAUACCAUCAAGUUUACCAAUUCAAAAUGAUAAUCUAAAGCUUAGUAGUGAGAAACAAACAGAAAUUGAUUUGAGUAACACAGAAGCUGGUUACAUAGGCUUAGAUCAAAAUGCAAAGCUGGAGUUACCAACAUCUGACAAAAGUUUACAUGGCAUUGAGAAAAAUCCAAAGAACAUAAUGAUUGGAUUCAGUGACUCAGAUUCAGAUACUGAAUCAGAAGGAAUACCAGAAGGAAUUGGUGACCUUCAAGGAUGUGGCUGUGGACUUCACCCGGGAGGAAUGGAGCCUCUUAGAUGAUCCUCAGAAGUUGUUGUACAAGGAGGUCAUGCUGGAGAAUGCCCACAACCUGCUCUCCGUCGGGCUUCCAGUUCCCAGAGAAGAUUGGAUGUCUUCUUUUGAGCAGGGAGAAGCACCAUGGAUGCUGGCAGAAGAAGGCCCAGGAGAGGACAGACCUGAAAUGAAAAAGGCUUCUACAAAGAUAGCUCUUUCUGUGGAAGGACUUCAGACUGUAGAGAAAGUACAUGAGUAUCCUGACUGUGGUAAAACUUUUAGUGAGAAUUCAUCCACACCGAGGAACCAUACGGGAGAAAAACAUUAUAAAAAUAAUGAGUAUGAAAAGUCUUUCCUGCAGAAUGGCAAUCUUUCUCAUCUUCAGAGAAUCCACAGUAAGGAGAAAACUUAUCAGGGUAGAAAAGAAUUCACACUGAGGUCCAAUCUUACUAGACAUCAGAGAACCCACUCGGGAGAAAAAUCUUAUGAAUGUAAUCAAUGUGGAAAAGCAUUCAAAUACAGCUUCAAUCUUAUUAUACAUCAGAGAAUCCACACUGGGGAGAAACCAUAUGAAUGUAAUCAUUGUGGGAAGGCAUUCAAAGAGAGCUCCAGUCUUGCUAAACAUCAGAAAAUCCACACUGGGGAGAAACCUUAUAAAUGUAAUCAGUGUGGAAAGGCAUUCACAGAUAGUUCCAGUCUUGCUAAACAUCAGAGAAUCCACACUGGGGAGAGACCUUAUGAAUGUAAUCAAUGUGGAAAGACAUUCAGAAUCAGCUCCAAACGUACUAUACAUCAGAGAAUCCACACUGGGGAGAGACCUUAUAAAUGUAAUCAAUGUGGAAAGGCAUUUACAGUGAGCUCUGGUCUUGCUAAGCAUCAGAGAAUCCACACUGGGGAAAAACCUUAUAUAUGUAAUCAGUGUGGAAAGGCAUUCACACAGAGGUCCAAUCUUGCUAACCAUCAGAAAAUCCACUCUGGGGAGAAACCUUAUGUUUGUAAUCAAUGUGGAAAGGCAUUCACAUACAGCUAUGGUCUUAUUACACAUCAGAGAAUCCACACUGGAGAAAAACCUUAUCAAUGUAAUCAAUGUGGGAAGAAAUUCACAGGAAGCUCCUAUGUUGCACAACAUCAGAGAAUUCACACUGGGGAGAAAUCUUAUGAAUGUGAUCAAUGUGGAAAGGCAUAUGUAAAUAGCUCCAGGCUUGCUAAACAUCAGAGAAUUCACACAGAGGAAAAACCUUUUAAAUGUAAUCAAUGUGGAAAGGCAUUCAGAUACAGCUUCAAUUUUAUUAUACAUCAGAGAAUCCACACUGGGGAGAAACCUUAUGAAUGUAAUCAGUGUGGAAAGGCAUUCACGGGUAGUACCAGUCUUGCUAAACAUCAGAGAAUCCACACUGGGGAGAAAUCUUAUGAAUGUAAUCAAUGUGGAAAGACAUUCACAGGAAGCUCCAAUCUUGCUCAACAUCAGAGCAUCCACUCUGGGGAGAAACUUUAUGAAUGUAAUCAGUGUAAAAAGACAUUUGCAUACAAAUCCAGUCUUGUAAGACAUCAGAGAAUCCACUCUGGGGAGAAACCUUAAUGAAGGUAAUCAAUAUGGAAAGACAUUCCCAUGAAGCUCCACUCUUGCACAAUAUCAGGAAAUCCACUCUGAAGGGGAACCUUAUGAAUGUAAUCAGUUUGGAAAGACAUUCACAUACAGAUCCAGUCUUGUUCCACAUCAGAGAUUCCACACUGGGGAGAAAUCUCGUGAAUGUAAUUAAUGUGGUGAAACAUUCCUACAGAAGUCUGUCCUUAUUUUCCCAUUGGAGAAUUCUUACUACCUAUAAAUCUUAGUACUCUUAUAAAUGAGGAAAGCCACUGAAAUGAAAAACAGAGCUUCUAAGUAGAUGACUGUCUCUGGAAAAUACAGGUCACCCAUGAAAGCUUAAAUUUUGUUUCUCAAUGUGAGUGAAUAUUGAAAUGAGAGAGUGAUUUGUACCCAGCCAUCAGGUAGUAACAUAGCAAAAAGAGGCAAUCGAGUUGCUUGUAAAUUGGUGGCAGAAUAAAGUGCAAAAAAAAGUUAUCUUUA